GCGGCGGCUCCUCUUCGGCCUCGGCCUCGCGGUCGGCGGCCAGCUCUGUGAGAGGGGCCGCAGCGGCGGCUGCUGCAGGCGCCGCCGCGGGCGGCGAGCCGGGCGCGCUCCCCGCCGCGGCGGCGACGGCGCAGAGCAGGGAUCUGCAGGUCAUGAGCAUGAGCGAGAGCGGCCACGACGACGCCGUGCCGCUGGAGGAGGCGGCGGGAGACGCG